AUGAUGUCCGCACGCCCCGCCGUUCGUACCAUUGUACCCCGGGCCACGCGCUCGGCACGCAUGCCAGUCCGCCAGCAGACCCGCCUCCAGUCGACGACCGGCUCUUCCACAUCAUCAUCAGGCGGUGCCGGAGCAUCUCACUUCGGUGCUGGUGUCGCCGGCGGCAUUGCUGGUGUUGCCCUCUUCUCCGCCAUCUACUCCUUCACCCCCGCCGGCCGCACGGCGUCCAAGGUCAACAGCACACUAAAGGACGCCGAAAAGAAGUACACCGAAGCCACGAAGAAGCUGCAGGCCAACACGCCCUCGGCUGACGAGGCUGUCAACUACAUCAAGGAGUUUGCCUACUCUUACGUCGGUUGGAUUCCCGGCGGCCGCGCCUACGUCGACACGGCCUUUGACGACUGGGAGAAGGUCCGCAAGAACCACAAGGACGAAGCUGAUGCCCUCGUCAACGAUGCCUACAAGCAGUUUCAGGACCUCUCCAAGUCUGGCCUCAGCGUCGAGACAGCGUCCAAGGCCUACGAUGUCGUCGCCGACCUGACGAAGAAGGUCGCCGAGCUCUCGGGUGACGCCAUUUCGGACAUCAUCGACAACCACCCCAAGCUCAAGGAGAAGCUCGGCGGCAACGUCGACAAGCUCAAGGAGAUGGGCGAGGCCUACGGUCCCGAGGCCAAGAAGCAGGUUGACCAGACAUGGAAGGAGGUCAAGGACAUCGUCUCGGGCGGUGUCAGCUUUACGACCCUCGAGAAGGUCCGCAAACUCAUUGAGGAGAAGGUCCAGCAGGUCAAGAAACUCGGCGACGAGGCGUGGAAGAAGGCUCUGGAGGAGGCGAAACCCAUUCUCGACAAGAACCCCAAGGUCAAGAAGCUUAUCGAGGAGAACGCCGACGCGCUGAAGCAGGGCAACGCCAAGGAGCUCUUCGACAAUGCCCGCAAGGCCGUCGACUCGGGCGAUCUCGGCGACCUCGAGGGCUACGUCAAGGACGCCGUCGAACAGGGCAAGUCCAAGGCCGAGGAGGUCACGGGCGGCAGCUGGAGCAACCUCGAGAAGUACAUCAAGAUGGUGCCGCAGGGCGGCGACAUCCUGCCCAAGCUGCAACAGCUCGGUGAGGUGGCGCAGAAGCACAAGGCCGAGGGCGAGAAGCUGUUCCAGGAGACAAUUGAAGAGCUCAAGCAGGUGCUCGAGAAGAAGUCGCAAAAGGCAAAGGAGAUUGCCGAAAAGGCCGAGAAGGAGGCCAAAUGA